AUUCGUAAGUCUUCAACCCAAAUUCGUUCAGAUAAAUAGAGAGUGUUCAUUCAGCUCGCACUCAGUUUAAUUCUGUAAAUUGUCGUGAAAAAAUAUUAAAAUAGGAAAAUAUGGCUUCGGUUGUGCUGUUCGCCGUUUGUUUUGGAUUGAUAGUGUAUAAGGCUUACAAGUACAUGUUCUUUAAGCCGCCCAAUUUUCCGCCAGGACCGCCACGUCUACCGUUCAUCGGUGCAUACCUCUUCCUUCUUAUCAUAAAUUACAAACAUCUCCAGUUUGCAGUCGACAAGCUAUGCAAAUUCUACAAAACCAAUGUCCUCGGUCUGUAUUUGGGCCCAUUUUUAACAGUGGUCGCAAACGAUUCGGCUAGUAUUAAAGAAACUACGUUGAAUGAGAAAUUGGAUGGUCGACCAGACGUACUUUUAUCACAAGUGCGUGAUCCGAACUUAGUUAGCAGAGGUAUUACGUUCACCCAGGGUUUCCAUUGGCGUGAUGAGAGACGAUUUACAUUGAGACAUCUACGUGAUUUCGGUUUCGGUCGUCGAUUCAGUGAACUUGAAUUAGAGUUAGAGGAAGAGCUUCGGCAACUGAUUGAAAUUAUUAAGAAUGGACCGAAAUAUCCACAUGAAAGAGAGAUGUUUAAGGACGGUAUGGUGUUGUGUCCGAAUGUGUUUUUCACGUUGGCCUCGAAUUCAUUUUUAAAAGUAUUGUGCAAUGAACGUGUUCCCAGGGAAAAUCACGACGAAUUGUUGCGUGUCAUAAAACAUACCGACCAAUGCAUGAAAGACGCUGACAGCUAUGGUAAAAUGUUCAGUUUAAUGCCAUGGAUAGCGAAAAUAUUCCCAAAUCAAUCUGACUAUAACAAGAUUAAGAAAGCCACUAUCGCUCAGUAUGACUUUAUGAAAAAGUUAAUCGACGAACAGUAUGAAUCCUAUGAUGAGAACCAUGUCCGACAUUUUCUGGAUGUGUAUUUCAAGGAAAUGAAAGCGACACAACGUAGCCGCAAUUAUCAGCAUGCUGACUUCCAUUACGAUCAGCUUAUCUUGACAUGUUUGGAUUUCUUUAAUCCGGCUACUAUAUCAACAACAAUGGUGUUAUCGUUGUAUUUACGAGAACUGCUUUUGAACCCACAAAUUAAAGAAAAGAUCCAAGUGGAAAUUGAUCAGAUUGUUGGUCGUUCACGAUUGCCUGCAUUAGAUGAUAGGAGCAAAAUGCAUUACACAGAAGCGUCGAUAAGGGAAAUUUUACGAUAUCAAACACUUGCGCCUAACGGUGUUCCACGUGUAGCUCUAGAAUCGACUCAGUUAUCACAGUACGAUAUCCCAAAAGGUUGCACUAUAUUUACCGGUCUGAGAUCAGGGCAUUUGGAUUCAAGCAGAUGGGACGAUCCCAAUCAAUUUGUUCCCGAAAGAUUUCUAGACACUGAGGGAAAAUUGGACUUGAGCAAAGAUCACUCUCUACCAUUUGGAGGAGGCAAACGAUUAUGCGCUGGUGAGACGCAUGGUAGAAAUUUACUGUUUCUAGUGAUAACAGCAAUUUUGCAAAAUUUUGAUAUAUCAGUACCAGAUGUGUCGAAGUUGCCUCGGGAAACUGAUUUCCACACGGGAGUCAUUACAUUUGUUCCUGAGUAUUUUAUAAAGUUUGACGCAAGAAAAUAGUUGAAGCCUGUAAUCUCGGACUGAAGAUGAAAUAUAAAAGU